AUGAGGGGUGUAUGCAGCGGGCACGCGGGCGGUGCGGUGCAGGGGCGGCGUGUAAACACCGCCGGCGGCUGCACGAAGGGCUCGCCGCUGCGGUGGCCCUGGACACGCGCGACCGGGAUACCGUCCUACCUGGCGCUGAGCGUCACCGUUGGGCCAAAAUGGGAUAUGCGGCGGCGGAGCGGCGGCGACACUAGCUCAGCUCUAAACGUCAGCGCGGACUGGGUCGCGGCCGAGCGUGCGUGGCGGCGCCGAGUGCGCACAGGGGCGGCCGUUGCGCGCCGGCCGGAGCCGAGACGCAGUGACGCCCAAGCCCACACCGCACCGCGGACAGCGCCCACCGUUCACCGCGCGUCGGACGACAGAAACGGACGAGCUAAUCUGGAAUUGCAACGGCCGCCCGAUCGUAUGCGACAC